CCCCGCCUGCCCUGGAAUGUGCCCGGACCGGUCUGGGCGCAGCGGGGCCCCCCUCCGCGCGCCUGCGGCUGCGGACGUGGCUCCCGGCGCCUUCCUGCUGGGGCUGGGCCGGGUGCUGCUAGCGCCGGUGUCCCCGGGCAAGGCCUGCGGGACGCGGGGAUCCCCGGCGGGGCCCUGAGGAUGUCAGACGGGAUCCUGAGCAAGGCAGCCACCAUGGAGAUCCCCAUCAGCAGCAAYGGGGACACCAGCAGCCUGCCCGAGGACGAUGGCCUGGAGCAGGACCUGCAGCAGGUGAUGGUGUCAGGGCCCAACCUGAAUGAGACCAGCAUUGUGUCAGGCGGCUAUGGGGGCACAGCUGAGGGCAUCAUCCCCACUAGCACCAUUAAAGACCCCCUGUUUCCAGGCUCUCUUGUCCACCCUCACCCCCACCGAGGACCGUCGGUUCCCCCCAGUGCGCCUGCUGCCCGUAGGAUGGCCCGCCCGGCCGCUGCUCCCGCAGGCUCUGGGCUGCACCCACCACCCCCUGGACCCCCACCUGGCGGGGAGGAGGUCGUGCGUGGUAUUGCCGUCGAGAAGUUUGACAUUGUCAAGAAGUGGGGGAUCAACACCUACAAGUGCACCAAGCAGCUGCUCUCGGAACGGUUCGGACGGGGGUCCCGCACGGUGGACCUGGAGCUGGAGACACAGAUUGAGCUGCUGCGUGAGACCAAGCGCAAGUACGAGAGCGUCCUGCACCUGGCACGGGCACUCACAGCCCACCUCUACAGCCUCGUACAGACCCAGCACGCUCUGGGUGACGCCUUUGCCGACCUCAGCCAGAAAUCCCCUGAACUCCAGGAGGAGUUUGGGUAUAAUGCAGAGACGCAGAAACUGCUGUGCAAGAACGGGGAGACACUGCUGGGUGCUGUCAACUUCUUUGUGUCCAGCAUCAACACGCUGGUCAACAAGACCAUGGAGGACACACUCAUGACAGUCAAGCAGUAUGAGACGGCAAGGUUGGAGUAUGAUGCAUACCGCACGGACCUGGAGGAGCUGAGCAUGGGCCCRCGUGAUGCUGGUGCUGUGAGCCGCCUGGACGCAGCCCAAAGCCAGUUCCAGAGCCACAAAGACAAGUAUGAGAAGCUGAGGGCAGAUGUGGCCAUCAAGCUCAAAUUCUUGGAGGAGAACAAGAUCAAGGUGAUGCACAAGCAACUGCUGCUGUUCCACAAUGCCAUCUCUGCGUACUUUGCUGGGAACCAGCAGCAGCUUGAGCAGACCCUCAAGCAGUUCAACAUCAAGCUCAAGACCCCUGGCGCCGAGAAGCCCUCCUGGCUGGAGGAGCAGUGAGCCCCCCGCGCCCCCCGCCCCGGAUGGAGGAGCUCCACCACGGGGCACACAUGGACCUCAAUUGUGGCUGGGUGCUCAAAGGGGCCACAGCCCAGGCCCGGUCUUGGAUGGGGGGGCCACCAGGUGUGGGGAGCUGCCAGUGGGCCAGGGCCCCCCAACCCACAGCCCCUCCUCAGGGCAGGGUCCAGCAGCUCCUCAGCACAGACCCCACACAGCAGACAACUGGAGCCCCCUGCCCCUGGCACUCCUAAGGGGCUGGGGGCACCCCCCCUUGCUGGGCUGCUCCCCCCAGACACCCCAUUCACCUUGGAGUGGGCCAGGAUCUGCCACUGUCCCCACUCUGCCUUCCUGGGGCAGGAUGGAGUACACCCYUCCCAGGCCUCCCCCUCCACCCUACAUCCCUAAUUUCCCCUAGGGAGACCCCUGCCCCAUGGCACAGUGGAGCUGGGUGGGGGCAGCACCAGAACAGCCAGGUCCCCUCUAUGUCACGGAGGGCUGUGGGGCCUCCCCGCUGCACCUGGCACCCAGGGGGAUCCUGCUCUGCCAUCCAGCRUCGGGGACACCCCUGCUCCCUCCAGGCCGUUUGCAGCUGUUUCCAGGGUGGCUACUCUUGCACUCCUGAGUCACGGGGGGCUGCACCCCCCAAAGACCCCCCUGCUUUCCUGGGGCUGUGGCAUCCUGGGCUGGGCGGGUGAGGCGUCCCUGUGCCCUGCUGCUAGUGACGGGGGAGUUGCUGGCCAGGCACAGGUUCCCUGGAACCCUGGAGAGGGCGGGGGGGCUCCAACCAGGGACCAAAAGUCAGUGGAGGCACAGGGGGGUGCACAUGCGUGUCCAUGUGUGGGUACACGUGUCUCCUGGGACUGGGGCACAUGUGCUGCACAAGGGGGGUGGGGGUCCCAGCCAGGGUUCACCCCCACCCACGAGGGGCCCCCCGCCCACCCCUGCACUUGGGCACUUUCUCCUGAGACAAAACUGUUGGUUUUUCUUGCUCAUUAAUUUAACCCGUAAUUUAAUGUCGGGAUCCGACUUCCCCCUCCCCCCGGUGAUGGUCUGACCUCUCCCCCACCCCCCUGACUUCUGUAAAAUCCCAAAUAAAUGGUACGGAUCAGUGUGUGUGGGGCUACGGCAGG